AUGGAAAGCAACAAAUUAAACUUUAACCCUUCGAAUAUGAACGAGUUUGAAGAUAAACUUGGUCUUUCUAGAGUUAGGAAAAGAAGGGAAAGCGCUGCAAUUUUUAAUGGAUUAAAUGAAGAUACUUGUAUAAAUUUAUUGAAUGAUCAUCUUGAAUUAUCUCGAGAAUUUGAAGAAGAGGAUAUUCGAUUGACAAAAGAAACCUCUACACCUGAAAAUCAUAUAGACAUUGAUACUCUCGCACAACAUAUGAAAAGAGACAUUGAAUUCUCGUGUUCCAACAAGGAUCCGAUUAUGUUUUUGUCACAAAAUGACAUUAUAAACGUGUCACAUAAUCAUUCAAUCUUUCCUUCGGAAUCUACGCGUGAAGAUGUCAUCAACACAGAUUCUUCCUUAGGCAUGGAUGGUGGAUAUCAACAAAAUGUUCGAGCUAUAAAUGAUACUACGACUAAUUACGAUACAAGUGAAGCAAAUAGAAGUAACACUCCAUGCCAAAAUCAUUCUUUACCAAUGGGAGAUAAAACAAGUGAUGAAUCACUUCCUAUUGAGCAACGCGCACGUAAUACUUUGAAACAAUUUAAAGAACUUGUAUCCAAAUUAAAGACAUCGAGUGUAGACGCGCAACCGUCCCCAGCUAAAUCUAUCUCAAAUUCGGAGCUGAGAGCAAAUGUUUCUCACAUAAAAUGUCCGGAUGAUGUUGUGCAUUUGGUUGACCAUCUUUUGUAUUCUCCAAUCGGAAUACACCGAACUCAUCCUGAGCAAGAAAUCAAAGUACAAGAAUUACGAGAACCAUGUGACUUCGAGAAUAAUAAUGAUGAUUCGCCCUUAAAAAAAUAUUCUACUAAAGAAUUUUCACAAUCCGACCUUUUCCCUGAAUAUAAUAAACAAGAAGUCUUGUCACAAAAAGAUGAUGUGAUAAAAACAUUCAUAGAUCAAGUAGAUUUUCAACAGUCGACGUCUAUGGAAGAUUUAUCCGAAAAUCUGAACGGAAAAAUUGAAUUGCGAAAAAGGAAAAGAUCUGUAGUUAAAAAACCUUUAACUCCACAUUUUAAUUCUACAAAUGUUUCAAAUAAAAUUCAAACUAAAUCGGACAAGUCCCCAGCAGCCAAAAAGACGAAGAUACAAGUAUCAAAGUUGAGAGCACCUACUUCCAUCUUACGCAAAUUUAGGUAA